GGAUUCAAUUACACAGUAUACGUCAAUGUAUGAAUCACAGCUGCCGCCACGUACAACGUGGUACGGCAAACUAGUGUUGCUCCACUACAUCUCAUCGCUGUGUAUAUGGCUAAGCGUGGAGCUAUUGUUGCUGACGUAUUUUCUAAGACUAGAAAAAGGAAAAUGGCCAUCCAUAACAACUAUUGCAAACACUAACCCAUCUGAAUUUUGGAAUUACAUUCGACCCUUCUUCCAAUGCGGACUGAUUGCACAGUGUCUAACGGCUGUGUACGCUUUUUUCGAUGGCCAAGUAAAAGGUGCACUUUGCCUUUUGGCACUGGAACAAUGCAUUCGAGUAGUUGCGGUUUACUUUACCGCCCUACCACUGCUCAAAGGAGCUGUGUCCCUUAGAGCAUUACUAAUAGUAGUUAGUGGAUGGACACUCCUAAGUAUUCUAAGAUGUCUUGAUGCUUUAUAUGCUCGUAAAGGGUCUAGACAUGGCAUUUUAGAAUGGAUUUCUCAUAAAGUGUUUCUAUUGCUCUACCCACUCAUUGCAUUCGAAGAGCUUUUCUUGCUUCGCACAUCAGCAACCCUACUCCAAACUAACCCACUAGCUAGGGAAUUUCCUAGCAGGAUGCCAAACAUAUACAACUUCGAGAUCGAUGUUUAUCUUAUAUACAACGUGCUGCCAUUUGUGAUGGUGCCGUCCGCACUCAUUUUCUACUGUCUAAAAUUGCGUAAUCGCAAACUGAAAGAUCUCUAAUAUUUUAAAUAUCGCGACAUU